AUGGCUUCAACUGCCCCAUCUCAGUUGACUAUCUUAUUAAUCCAGGGCUCGUUUCAGCUCCCGGAAGUAUAUAGGAAGCUAACAAAAGCCCUCGAAGCAAGAGGCUAUCCUGUUAUCCACCCUCUUCUUCCGAGCUUAGCAGUGCUUCGACGUCUUGUUGAAGAGAAAUCGCGAACCGUGCUAGUUCUUAUGCACUCUUAUGGAGGUCUCGUGGGAAGCGAAGCAGUUUUGGACGAGUUCGGCUGGAAUAAGCGUAAAGACCGGGGUCUAACCGGUGGAGUUAUCUAUCUGUUCUUCUUCGCCGCCUUUGUUCUCGCAGAAGAAGCCGAGUACUGGACAUCUAAGAUAAUCGAUCAGUCCUAUGCCGUUCAAACCACUAAGCUUACCCGCGCCGCAUACCGAUAUAUACCAUCAACCUACGUGGUGUGCGGGAACGACCAAGGUCCGCCGCCGCAGUACCAGGAGAUGUGGGGUAAAAACGCAGGUUCCAUUAUGCUCAGAAUCAACUCGGGGCACUCUCCGAUGCUUAACAAGACGGAUGAACUUGUGAACAUGAUCGUGGAAGCUGCGCAUGGUGCGAUUAAGAAUGCUUAUUAA